CGGGCCGCGGCCGCGGAGGGGCCCGGCGGCAGCUCCCGGUCGGCGGAGGCCUCGGAGGCGCUUCCCGUCGGGAAGCGAAGCGGCUGAUGGACUCGGGGAAAAGGAAUGCUGACCUCGAAGGAUGGGAUGCAAAGAUCAGACGCUUGACAGAGGACUCUGAGCAGGAUGAUGCUGAGCUGGAGGAAUGUGCCACCCAAAACGAGAUCGGUGAACUUGCAGCAGAACUCGCAGCCAGCCUGAGCUCCCAGCUGGAGGAACGGGACAGGAGAAUCAGCAAACUCAAGGCAGAGCUGGGGGAAUCCGAUGCCAAGAUCAAGGAACGCGAUAGGAAAACCACCAAACUCGCCGCCGAAGUCCGGCGGCUCACGGCUCUGCUGGGAGAGCGGGAUUCGAGGCUUCGGAAACUCACUGCAGAACUCGCAAAGUGCGACGCAACCAUCAGGGUCUUCACGGCGGAGCUGGGCGAGCAGCACACAAAAAUAGGGGAGCUCACCGCGGACAUCAGGGAAUGCAGCAGGAAGCUCCGUAAGUGCCUCCUGUGGACCCACGCCCGGAGUCGCGGCCCCGCGGAGGCGGCGGCAGCAGCUCCCGGCCCUGCUGCGGCGUCUCCUGUCUCUUUGCAGGGCAGCGCGCGGCGCAGCUCGAACCGACAUUCCCCGAAUCCCGCUGCCGAGCAGCACCGGGGAUCGGGUCCCGGCUCCAGGAGGAGCCUUUGGCAGAGCUGGGCCUUGGGCUCAUUUCUGCCUCUUGCUUUGCUGUUUGCAGAGGAGCGGGACGUGGCCAUCUUGGAAAAGGAAGCCGAGAUCCGGCACCUCAGGGAGCUGCUCGGUACGUGUCUCUCCUCCCUCCCGGGCCAUAAAUCCCAUGGGAAAAGGGCUGCUAAUGGUGAUAACCGGGAUUUCUUCCCGCUUGCAGAGAGCCAGGAUUCGGGAAUCCAGGAGCAGAGGGAGCAGGAAGCUGAUGGAUCUUCUGAGGAGCUCGAGGACGGUGACCUGGAAAGAGCCGAGCUCGCCGCGGAGCUGGAGGACCGGGAGAAGCAGAUAGGGGAAAUCACGGGAGAGCUUGCGGAGCGGAGCGCGCGCGUCGAGGAACUCACGGCGGAGCUGGGACAACGGGAUGCCCGGAUCGGCGACUUGUCCGCAGGGAUCGAGAGCCGCGAGAGGAGAAUCGAGGAACUCACAGCGGAGCUCGAGGAAUACAAAGCCAAAGCACGAAGGUGCCUCCGGGAGCACAGGAAGGAAGAGGAGACGAGGGCGGAGGUGACGCUGGACCCGGCCACGGCGCACCCUCGGCUGCUCGUGUCGCGGGACGAGCGGAGCGUGCGGUGGGAAUACGGGCUCCGGGAGCCCCCCGGCGCCGCCGAGCGCUUCGCCGCCGCUCCCUGCGUGCUGGGCCGCGAGGCCUUCUCCUCGGGGCGGCACUGCUGGGACGUGGACGUGGGCCAGGGCCAGCACUGCGCCAUCGGCGUCACCCGCGAGUCCUGCCCCCGGCAGGGACCCGUCGCCUUCAGCCCCGAGGAGGGCACCUGGGCCCUGCAGCAAUGGGGCUUCCAGAGCAGAGCCCUCACGUCGCCUCCCGUCACCCUGAGGCUGCCGCGGGUGCCGCGCAGGAUCCGCGUCUCCCUGGAUUAUGAGUGGGGAGAGGUGAGGUUCUUCGACGUGGAGAACCAAGCGCCCAUCUUCACCUUCCCGCGCGCCUCCUUCCGCGGCGAGCGGCUCCGGCCGUGGUUCUGGCUGGAGCUGGGCUCCAUCUCCCUGCUCCGGUGACUGUCCCGGAGGGGCAGGAAGGAUGGAAGCACCUUGGGAGCUCCGGGACGUCGCUGAUGGAUGCUGUGGUCCUCCCCAUCCAUGUCUCACCGCCCUUUGGUGGCGCCUUUUCCAUCCCUGCGUGCUCCAAGAACCUUCAUCCGUGUCUCCCACCCACCCACCGUGGGGCACCCAACGGGUGCUUCCUGAUGGACAAUAAACCACUUGAGACUCUCCAGA